AUGUCGCCAUCUUCCACCAUACGACGAGCCUUUUCAGGGAUUCAGCCAACAGGAGUCCCUCACCUCGGAAACUAUCUGGGGGCUUUGCGGCAGUGGAAACGGCUUCACGACCAGUCCACCGACCCAAAAUUCGCCAUCAAUUAUCGUUAUGAACAGUACUUUUCAGUGGUCGACUUGCAUGCCCUGACAUCAGACACUCUAGCCACAGAGCGCUUACGUCUCAGGAAAGAGUCGUAUGCGGCUCUUCUUGCUCUUGGAUUGCACAACAACAGGAAUACCACGCUCUUCUUCCAGUCUGAUGUCCCACAGCAUACGUCUUUGAUGUGGAUUUUGAGCACCAUUGCCUCAACAGGAUAUCUGUCCAGAAUGACUCAGUGGAAGAGCAAGUUGAACUUGCCGGAAAAUGCCAGCCUCGAAAGCGAUGAGGCGACAGCGAAGCUCAAGCUCGGAUUAUUUUCAUAUCCCGUUCUUCAAGCGGCGGAUAUACUACUGUAUCAUAGGCCAUCCAUUGUCCCCGUCGGGCAAGAUCAACUCCAACACAUUGAGUUCACCCGGACAUUGGCCAGGGGUUUCAAUGCCCUGGUCAAGGAGUCCUCGGGUGGGAAUGUAUUCCGAAUACCUUGGCCGGUAAUAUCCCCCGCGAAAAGGAUCAUGUCCCUAAAGCGUCCGGAGCAGAAGAUGUCCAAGUCUGACCCGGAUCCAAAAUCUCGAAUUUUAAUCACGGACAGCCCCGAGGAGAUCCACGCCAAGCUCCGGGGUGCCGUGACAGACUCAGAACCUGGUAUUUCUUUCAACCCGGAACGGCGGCCAGGAGUAUCCAACCUGGUAGAGAUACUGAAACACGUGACGGAGUCUCGAGAGUCAAGCGACUACAUUGCCAAGGACAACGCAAAUGUCAGCAUGCGUGCAUUCAAGGAGAUGAUCGCAGACGAGAUCAUCUCUGCGUUGAGUGGCGUCCGCGAAAAUUUCCUCGCCAUUAUGGAUUCCGGCAAUGACCGGCUGCGCGAAGAAAUCGAGUGGGGCGGCGCAAAGGCGCGACGGAAAGCCCGCAUGACACUUGGUGAAGUCCAGCAAGCCUUGGGAUUGUUUGGGGUCACACUUUCUGAAGAAGAAGCGACCAGAAUCAGGGAGAGACGGAGACAAGCCACGCGCAAGGACCUGGGGAACGACUUGAAUAUCGAGUCCAACCCGUUCGAUUCCGAUGUAGAGGAUGUGGAUUUUGACGAGGAGCUGGCCGGUAAAGAAGAUGAAGACCGAGGGCCGCUGGACGAAGACGAGACACUCCGAUCUACCGGGCGCGGCAAGAUAUGA